UUAAGCCUAGGCCACACUAUCGUCCAUAUCGACGAAAAUUAGAACGAAAACUUCCGCAACGAAAAUUUUGAACGAAAACUCGACGAAAAUUUCGUUUUCGUUCAAUAUUAGAAGGGUUGAACUUUUGACCUUUUUCGUCAACGAAAACGCAUACUAUUGGCUAAAAAUAUCUUGAUAAUAUCAGACUUUGUUCUCAAACAUGGCGGAGUGGCAAGAGGUUUUGAUAAAUCUGAUGCGAGAAAAACCAAUUUUGUAUGAUAAAAGUCACCCGGAUUAUAAGGACUCGAGGAACAAGAAAAGAAAUCACUGGCAAGAUGUUUUAGAUGAAUUUAAUAAAAUUACGGACUUGGCGUGGGAUAAGAUCGCCAUUGUUUCUAAUCCGUCAAAAAUGCCGCUUGCUUAUUGGCCAAUAAUGUUUUGGCUUUGCAAACAUGCUUGAAAUUUUUCGUCGUGUCUGGCAUGCAUUUCGUGCACGAAUUUUCGUUUCGUUUUCGUUUUCGUCAAUAUAGACGAUAGUGUGGCCCAGGCUUUAGACUUUGUACUCAAACAUGGCGGAGUGGCAAGAGGUUUUGAUAAAUCUGAUGCGAGAAAAACCAAUUUUGUAUGAUAAAAGUCACCCGGAUUAUAAGGACUCGAGGAACAAGAAAAGAAAUCACUGUCAAGAUGUUUUAGAUGAAUUUAAUAAAAUUACGGACUUGGCGUGGGAUAUUGAUACUAUUAUGAAAAAGUGGGCUAAUCUGCGUGAUUCAUUCAUGGAGUACAAUAGACAGUACGAUCUUAGAAGAGCUAGUGGUGCUGCUGCCACUGACGAGCCGAAUUGGAAAUGGUGGCGACACUUUGAUUGGUAUUUGUAUUUUAACAGAAAAAGAAGCACGUCAUCUAAUCUACAUAAACGAACAAAUGCGCCUUCUCCAGUCAAUAAAUUGGAUGUAUUAAAUACUCCAACAACCUUUCCUGCGAUUACAUCAGCUCAGUCAUCAAACGAACCAUCUACAUCAUCAUCUCUUGUAAACUCACCCAGUUUACCCUCACCCAUACCUUCACCAUCACCAUCAAUAACAACACCAACUUCAACAGCUCCAACACUUGCACAAAAAACCAAGAAAGCAUGCAAGUGGAAAAACUCCAUGGAUUAUGAUGAGAUGCUUAAGUCCAUUGACCAGCAGUUGAAUCAUGAGGACAAAUGGCAUGGGGUUCCCAGUUUCAUGAGGUAGACGGACCAGUGCUGGAAGAUUUAUCUGUCCAAGAAAAGAUGAAAACAUGUUAAUAUUUUACGCAAGCUUGCCAGUGCAAGAUUGGGGUGCCAAUAAAUUGGAAUGAAUUUCCAAUUUUACUAGAACCAUUCAUCUUGAUUUAAUAAGACAAAUCUUAAGUUAGCAAAAUGAUAUUAUUUGAAGUUUCUCUCUUCUUAUUAUUUAAAGAAACAUAACAUAAAAGCACAAUACUUGGAAUGACAUACCUAAUAAAAAAGCUUUUCCAAAUUCUGAUA